AUGAUUUUUGAAGCUUUGACUAAAUUAUUCCCAAUUGCAGUUCCUGAGACGUAUGUAAUUAAUAUAACAACCUGACAGGACUUAUACUAACUUUGUUUUAGGGGCUCACUCACAUUAGAAGAAGUUAAUAAUAUGACAAUUCUUCAAAGAUUAAAAUUAAGAGAUUGGAGAUUAGAAAUCUUUACAUUAGGAUUCAUCAUCUUAUUCUCAUUAUUUUUCAAAAUUGGCGAUAUUUAUAACCAAUCAAAAGUUACAUCAUUUCUUAAUGGUAUCAAACCAAGUUUAUCAAGACAAUUUUUUCAAUAUGGAGUUUCAAAAGAUAAAUUAUACAUUAAAGAUUCUUCAGAAAAUUAUUCAUCUUAUGCGACAGGUAGAUUAAACAUAUUCAAUGUGAAUAUUAAAUUUCAAUUAGCUCCAAGACAAAACGUAUUUGUAUGGAUUUUAGAAACAAUUUUUUCAUUUUUUACAACUUCAGUAUUACCACCUUCAGAUAAAGUUGAAAUUAUAAUUCAUCCAAGUGGAAAAUAUGAUAAUUUCAUCAGUGCAAUUGUAUCCAAGAUUGGUAUGAAUGAUGCUAGAAAAUUCAACUAUUUUUUAUCACUUUGUAAAACUUCAGAUUCGAAAAAUUUACCAAAUUCAUUUGUUUACAUGAGUGAAUCAAAUGAAAUACAAGAAAAAUUAACAACUGAAGAGUUGAAAAGAAAUUUAAGUGUUGAAAGUGCUAAUUUUAUAAAAUAUAUUGCUUUUACUGAUCAACCUAUUGAUCAUCCAGAAUCAAUAAGAGAAAUGAAACCAAUUAGAAAAGUUAUAAUUCAAUUAGAAUUAACAACUAAGAAAAAAGAUCUUGAAACUUUGAAUAAUGUUUUAGAUACUAUUUUUUCAAUCAUUGAUAAAUUAUCAGAUGGUGUGAUUAAUUUUAAACCUGAAACAUUGAAGAAAAUAGUCAAGACUAGAGAUUUAGAAGUUGAAAAAUUACAAAAAAUUGAACAAGAUUUAAAAAAUGAAAGAUUGGCUGAAGAACAAGCAAAAUUGAAAAGACAAGAACGUGAACAAUUGAGAAAUAUGUCUAGCGAAGAGCAAUUGAAAGCUGAAAAGAAAGCUGCUGAAAGAAGACAAAAAAAGAUGCAAAAAAAGCAGAGAAUUAAAAUGUAG